AUUUAGACGAUGUGACAUUCCCUACAUCUACUCUCUACAUCCUAAAAAAUGACAAGACAGAAGUGCGCUGUGAGAAGCCUAAAGGAUCACCUGUUCCAUCCAUCAGUUGGCUUAAAGGUGGCCAGCCCCUUCCAUCAUCAUCAAAAUUCAGCAAGCAGGGCUGUUGUACGCUUGAGAAAAAACAAAACAAAACUAACUGAUACUGGAAACUUUACCUGUGUGGCAAAAAAUGGUUAUGUAACCAAAUCCAAGACUAUUCAGAUAGUUGUGUCUGGUAAGCUUGAUAAUGCUACUUAUUUAUACUACUUUUAAUCUUUGAACAUAAUCAGUAUAGUGUAUUUUUUCAGGUCUAAGGUACAGCGUUUUUUCAAAGAAACCACCUCUGAUAUUUCCAAAUUGGAAAAUUUUACUUCAGACAACAACUUACAGCUGCAUGUGUAAAAUUUUGUCACAUUCUUAACCUUCCUUCUUUUAACCUUGUUUAGAAAGCUUCGUAAUGUUUUAAUAGAACUGUAAGAGCUGUUUUAUCAGAUAUUUUGGUAAAUUUUUUCUGAUGAACAAAAUGUUCAUAUUCAUGCAUUAUGCUAUCAACAUUGUUACUACCAAUUGAUUCCAAUAUGCUGCAAUGGAAACAUUCAAAAGUUUAGGCAUGUUUAUUGAUCCGAAAACUUAAUUCCCUUGGCUCAGGUUUUAGUGAAUUAAUUUUAACCCCUCUGAAUUAAACCUCUUGUUAGACAAACUUGUCUUAUCUCUUGGGAGUUUGAGUUGGUGAGGGUUUUAAUCACUGUUCCCACAUGCACUAAUGGGUACAUAAACACAACAAAAUACAUUUUACAGUUUUGAUUGCAUGCGAAGUACAUGUAUGUUCUCCUUUGUUGUUGUCUAGAACAACCCCAAAUUACUCAGAAACCUGAUGACCAGAGAUUAAAGGAAGACAAGAAGGCUGUCUUAAACUGCACAGUGAAGUCUGUUCCUGCAGCCAAAAUCUCCUGGCGGAAAGAUGGCAAAGAGGUGCAGGAAGACAGUGAACAUAUCUUUGAGGAAGUUGAUGGUGGACUUGGAAAAAGACUGGUGAUUCCAAAGGUCAAGCCCUCAGACAAUGGUACUUACGAAUGCUUGGCUGAUCACCCGGGAGGCUGGGCUGACCAAGCACAAGCCAUACUCGUAGUUAAAGGUAAGUGAAGUUUGUUUUAGGACAGGUUCUUCAGUGGAACAAAUAAUAUCCUUUAAGUAAAGUUCCUUGUCUAAGGAAACAAUGCAAUGGGUGAUGUUCGAACCAUGGACCUCCUGAUCCAGAGUUUUAGGGUAAUAAUGACACAAUGAACAUUCCAGAAAUAUUUCAAAUGUUCAUGGUUUUGCUGCUUUGACUGUAAAAUCCUCCGUAAAAAGUAACUUGAGAAAUUUUGCAUUGCAUUCAUGCAUUUGAGGGAGAUGCAUGGGUUUGGCGUAAAAGUACAUUGUAUAAAAUCUGUUUUCUCUUUUAUGUUCUGAUUGCCACUGCUGCUCUGAUGUUAAUAAAAUGGCUGCUGAUGCUGUUGAAUUCAAACUAACUUUAUCUUGGUAUAAACUGCAUUUUCUUUGCUUUCAGGUAAAGUUAAGCUCAAGGGCAUUCCAUUCAUGUCUGUAUAUGCCAACCUCCACGAGUCUCAGAGGAUCGAGUGUGACUUUGAAGGGUACCCGCCAAUCAAUGUCACAUGGAAAAAGAAAAGUGGAAUCCAAAUAGAAGAUAAUCAACGCAUUAAUCAAUCAAACAAUGUGUUGACUUUCACUGGUGUCGAAAAAGAAGAUGCUGGAACAUACUGGUGUACUGGUAAAAAUACAUUUAGCAGCUUUACAAGCUACGUUAACAUCACUGUUUUUGGUAAGAUUAUUGAGAUGUGACUUCUUGAUUAGUAUUUAGCUUGAGUUGCAUCCGCACAAGUACAUGUACAUCUAUGUAUACAGUGGCAGUUUGUGAAAGUAUAACUUUCUUUGAUUAAGGCUUCUCUUCAAACUUGAAUGAAGGUGAACGUGUUUUCAUAAACAGUCUCCAGAUUGGAGAAGCUUGUAAAAAGACAAAUAGGUCCUCAUGAAGACUUCAUUUAAGUAUGAUCAUGGCUACAGACUUGAAUAUUAAAUAAGGUGGAGCAGUUCAAGUUGGGGAGGGCGUUCAACAGGAAAAGAGUAGUUGUGCAUGAGGGAGCAGUGUUAUGACAUUUUGAUCUCAUCUAUAAAUUAAUGAUGAUCAUGGAAGCAUCUAGCAAGGCUGAUUUGCACAGAUCACCAAUUCACAUUAGGGAAAAUGCAGCUUUAAAUGAUGUAUUCCCUCCAAAAAAUCCAGAUCUCUUGAAAAACACUUAGAGAAGAAACUGAAGUCAACAUACACGUACAUGUAUAGAGUGGUCCGCAAAGAGGGGUAAAGGAAAUUUGAAUUACAAAUUAUUUAGAGCACUUUAAAAACUGAGAAAAUAUUAUCAAUUUUUUAAUUUAUGGCAGCCUUGACAAAGAGUUUUAAUGGAGUUUGAACACUUCCUCGUACAUGCCUGCGAGCAAGCUCUCCAUUUUGGCGAGAAGUCACGCAAGAGUAGCGCGCGAAAGGAGAUGCGCGCUUGCUCGCUUGGAGAGUGUGCUCGCAGGCUAACCCUCUAUUUACCUUCGAUAGUUGGUGGGAGGAGUGUGAGACACAAAUCCAAAAGUGGUCUUGAGCUUUGAAUGCUUAGUAAUAUUAUGGUUGCGAAUGAUCUACAACAAUUGAAAAAAGAAACCAACGUGAAUUUUAAGCAGCUACCCAUAACCACCCUUGAGUCUCAGGUGUCCCCCUUGCUCACAGCCUGCUGACCUGGGGUGGAAGGGGGGGCUGGAACUACUGGCCUUCUCCAAGUUAGCUUUCCCUCAGUUACUACUUUAGUUGACCUAAAACUUUUAUAGGUUAGGAUUUAGCAUUGAUGUCACUGUCUCUGUUAACAGUGUAUCCUAGAUUUUUGACACGGCCAAAGAAUACAACAGCUUAUGUCAAGGACCACAUCUGGCUUCACUGCAAUGCUUCAGGUGAUCCUAAGCCCAAAAUAAGCUGGAGUAAAGACGUGGAGGGAGGGGACAAGCUAGACCCUAAUAGAUUCAUUCAACACCCGAAUGGAACACUCCACAUUAAGGAAGUUCGUAUGUCGGACCGGGGACGUUACUACUGCAUCGCUGCUAACCAUGCUGAAAUGAAACAAAGCAAGUUCAGCCUUGUGGUCCAGGGUAAGGAGAAUUUCUUUUUUGAAUUAGACUCCCUUAAACUCCCUUAAGCUUCGUAACCUUCCACUCCUGAAAGUGGCCAUUGUUAGAAGAGACAAAUUAUUGUCACGGGUGCUCAUGUAAUGCACUUGCCCUACAGUUCCUGAUGCUCUCAGUCUGCGUCUUAGUAGUCUCCAUUUGAAUGGUGACAAUCCAACGCAAGGCCAACCUUGUACAGCAAAAUUAACAGUACCACAGGAAAGUACGGUCCAGUAGUCUUGAUUUGAAUGGUAGCAAUUUAGGAUUUCAUCCACAGACUCAAAAAUUAGAAAUACUUUGUACAGCAUAAUAAAAUUAAUAGUGUGAAAGGUUUGAACCCAGGAGUCAUUUCAAAAAUAGCUUGAGUUUGAUCGUCCGGGUGAACGUAGUCCUGAAUAGGACUGUUGUUGUUGACAGUGGCUGACGUUUCGACAACCUGUGCGUUAGUCAUCUUCAGAGUCAAAGUGAGUUGUAUCACGUCAGUUGAUGGUAUUAUACUCUGGUUAUUGGUCUGAUUGGUUAAUUACGUCGCGAUGUUAUUGGUCAUCUGUCAGUUAAGCUGUGAUGUUAUGAAAUAAUAAAUAGUACCACUGAAAAGUAUUGCUCAGUAGCUUCAAUUUGAAUGGUAACCAAAAGUUUACGGAUUUCAACUACUGACUCAAAAGUUAGAACCACCUUGUACAGCGUAUUGUAAUGGUCAGUACCACAUGAACUUACUGUUCAAUGGCUUUCAUUUGAGUCUCAACACUUUAGGAUUUUUAUCCACAGACUCCAAAGUGAGACCUAUAUACAGCACCUUAUACAUUCCCACUAUACUGUUAAUUGUUCUGUACAAAGUGAUUUAGCUUUUGACUCCAAUUAGAAUUGCAAACUCUUGGAAAUGUUUGUCUUGCUAACAUAACUAACUCACCGUUUGCCCGCUCUCGUGUAGAUCGUGGUACAGAUGUAGGUACUGUAUAUGAAAAAAAUAACCCUGGGAAAGGCAAGUCUUCCUCUGUGGAGUCCAUGGGAAGAACUAUAGGUAUUGCUGUGGGUUGCGCAGCAGCGUAUAUCGUUCUUGUCGUCGGUUUAAUGAUCUACUGCAAAGGAAGAAGAGCAAGACAGAGCAAGAAAGAAGAAAUCAUGUCUCCCGAGUGCGAGAACUGUAAGUGUUUAUCUUUGCCCACUUGCUAAGUUUUUGCUACUCGUUUUGUAGGUUCAACUUCAAGUAACAUGCCUUGCCUUUUUCUAGCUACUCGAAAGCAAAACUGCAGCGAGAAGUCAAAAUAUUAGGGCAAAUCGAAUUCCAACUUAAGAUCUAAUUAUUGUUAUUAUUAUUAUUAUCAUCAUCAUCAUCAUCACCAUCAUCAUUAGUGAUCAAAAUGCCUUGAAGCAAGUGAAGCAUGUUAGCCGUUCUUACCCAUGUGUCUGUUAUAAACGUCAGCGGUAACAAAAGGUCGUUCACGAAACCAAAACAAACAUAACGAUUUUUGUUAAACGGGGAAGAUUUUCCCUACUCGACAGAGAAGACAAGAAAAAAAUGAUGGCUCAAUUUGUUUUCCAUUUAAGAAUGCUCGUUCUUGCUCGUUUAUUAUUUGUGGGUCUGGCUGCGUCAAGCAGCUUAAGAAUAGGUGGGAAUUUUCCGCAACCAUUCCGUUUCUAGCAGAGGAUUUUUUUGCAUGGUACCUCAGACAACUCAUACUUGAGCAAUUGACGAGUGUAUGAAGCAAAACACACACGGAACGUUUUGAAAAACUCCCACCUAAUUUUAAGUUGCUUUUCAAACAUGGCCCUGCUUAGCUCAGAUGACGCCCAUUUAAGUAGUUACUCUGGAGCUUAGGCAAAUACGUUUUUGACUUGGGGGAGGGUCGAGGCUAAUAGGGAUGUGCCGCUGGAUUAGGUCGCAUUUUCACGACUGGAUUGACUACAAUGGGGUCGCAUUUUCAAUAGAGUUACUAGAAUGGGGUCGCACAUUUUCGGAUUUGGGGGCGUAAGACAGUUCUUCAUAUUUAUGGUUAGCAAACGUACCAGAAUGUUUGUACUGCAGAUGAAAAGUAAUGUGUGCUUCAUUCAAUCUGGAAAAUGGGUCAAUUCAUAAAAAUAGAAAGUGGGAUCGCGAAAAGUGAUAACAUGGGGUCUAUAAUUGGCCACAGAAUAGACCAAAAAGGGGUAGGGGCUCUGAGACGCCAACGGCCCAUACCCAGCAAAAAUUAACCCGGGGGGUAGGUUGGUUGAACGAAGCACAUCAACCGGAAGGAUACUUUUCCCCUUUCAUAUGUUUUGGCGCUCGUAAAUUUUGACGAAACCACGCCCAACAAGUCCACUUCCGGUUGCCGUGCGUUGCUGAAAAACGUCUUUGCGUAAUCAUCCUACUAUCGUUUUAGGAAUAACACCUACCCCCUUUUUUCUCAAUCACAGUAAACAAUGGUGACAUCGAACACCAAGGCGGAGAUCCUAACGACAUGACCAUGAACCCGGUCUACAAAUCCCAGCCCAGCUACGACAAAAUGGAGUUUCCCAGACACGACUUAGAAGCACUAAGGAGCCUGGGUAACGGCUCGUAUGGCCGAUCGUUCCUGGCACGAGCCAGUGGCAUUCGCGACGGCGAGAAGGAGACCAUGGUAGUUGUUAAGGCGUUGGCUAGUAGUGAUGACCAGGUGCGCGAAGAGUUCACGAAAGAAAUGGACGCGUUGUGUGGACUGCAGCACGACAGUGUUGUUGCUCUUCUUGGGAUGUGCAGGGAAGAGGAACCAAUUUACAUGAUAUUUGAAUCAGCUGAAAAGGUUUGUUCAUGUAAUUCUUAACUUGCUUUUUUAGUAUAUAUUCAACCAUAGCCUGUGAAUGCAGUCGUCUCGUAUGACUCUUUUUCGUCGGGGACGAAACACGUUUCGCGGGAGAGACGUCUGCGAUUCGACCCCCAGAAUUCCAUACUGAUGACGUUGGUUUUUCUCAAAUGAGGUCAUCGUGCGCUGGUUGGUCGACGUAGUUGUUCUAUUCUUUUAGUUUAGGAUUGACAGACAAAAAGCAAAAGGUCACUAUGAUCAAAUUUACUAAACGUCAUGAAUCUACUAAGAAGAAACAGUCAUUAUUCAGGGAAUGUAUUCUUCGUUACAAAAAGCAUUGGAGAUUGCCGCCGCUUAUCCGCAGAACUCAAAACUUAACGAUAAUAGACCAGGAGAAAAUAAACAAAACUCGAACAAAUUUACUUGUGGGUUUCCAUGAGUACCAGAUUAAUUAUGUAAACAUUGAUUCACGUCAUCAGUAUGGAAUUUUGAGGCCGAAUCGCAGACGUCUCUCUCGCGAAACGUACCCGUGGCGAAAAGACGAGGAACAAGUUUAUUCGUAGGCUAGAAAGACCAACGCAAGUCGGUUGAGGGUUACUGUAGGGAGUUAUCUCUUUUUUGGAGUCAAAGGGUUUGCGAUGGAUACCCCGGAAAGGGUGAGAGAGUUCUGUGUCAAAAUGCGCAAGUCUUGUCUAAUCUUGCCAGAGGACAGUUCUGUUUCCCGUACAAUUUACGUAAUCUUUUUGCUCUUCCUUUUUAGGGCGACUUGAAGCAGUUUCUGCUCUCAUGUUACGAUAAUGGCCGCAGCACUUUGAACUCAAGUCAAAAACUCUCCAUCUGCGAGCAGUUGGCCUCUGGAAUGAAUUACCUCAGUUCGCAAGAAUUUGUGCACAAAGACCUCGCCGCGAGAAACUGCAUGGUUGGCAAGGACCUCAAAGUCAAAAUCGCUUUCUUGAGUUUGAGCUACGAUCUCUACAAUGCCGAGUACUUCCGCUUCAACAACGUGCUGAUCCCCUUGCGUUGGAUGCCCCCAGAAGCGAUCUUUGACGAUGAUUUCACAGAAAAGAGCGAUGUCUGGUCAUACGGUGUGCUGGUUUGGGAGAUUUACACGUUCGGUCAGAUGCCCUACCACGAUCGGUCCAGUGAAGAGGUUCUGAAAUGCGUUAAGAAUGACCUUCGUCUUAACAAGCCCGACAACUGCCCGGACACCGUCUUGGAGGUGAUGGAGAAAUGUUGGGAAGGCAACCCGCUCGCUCGACCGACCUUCCAAGAAGUUUUGGAUGACGUGUCUGGAAUAAGCGUGGACAGCCAUGUUUAACUGAGUCCAUCUUCUUGUACGCUGUGGUCUUGCUAAACGUGUUUUUCUCAAAGUAUUGUAGAUCCGAACCUUUGUUCAUUCUGGUUGAACUAGUUAAUGAUAAUUACAAAUCAAAAUGUAAACUGUGGGUUGCCUGUAAUGCCUUUCCCGCGGCACGUGAUUUGCAUGUGAUUUCUUUUGCGCAAGCACAUGAACAGUCACGAAGGCAUUUAGAGGGAUCACGAAAUUGGGAUUGGAAAUUCACGUUCAGCCUGGGAAUCGUCAUCGUUGUUCCUUCAGGGGCAGCUUCCGUCCCAGCUAAUAUUUGAAAUCUAUUUUCUUAGGGUUUUGCUUGAUUUUCCCUUUUACGCUUUACGCUUAUAGUUUGGGAUGUAGCUUCCCUAGGAUGGAUUAAUCAGUCGAGAAAUCACCCGCUUUGCGUCAGCUGUGGUGUCAGUGACCAUGUGGGAAUCACCAGGGAUAUGCGCAUGCGUAUAACAGAUUCCGAAAUUCGGACGUUUCGCGUCAAAGAAGUGAACGAGACAAAAUCGUCGAAACCAACAGUAAGUGUUUUUAAUGAAGUGGUCUACUGGGGCAUAAAUCAUUAUCAACGUACGCAUCGUCACUUAGAUUCAUCCUAACACGAUUGCAAUUUGAUUUGCAGUCUUUGAUUAAAAACACAGUAUUCGCCAAGUUGUCAUAGCUUCGUGGGAACUUGAUGUCGUUACAGGUGGUUUUUCACGAGGCUUAGCCAGCCAGGUUUUGAAAGACCUACCGCGAUUUUGUGCAGUUGCUUUGUGUGGGAACCUUUACAUUGUUAAAAACUGCGCAUUUAAACUGAAUUAAACGUGCAAAAAGUCAAUAUAUGGGGGUGAAAGAUUCUAAUUUAACAAUCCAUGGGAUAGGGUGUUAGUGGGUAGGCUUUUCGAUUUGACAGACGUUUUUUCAAAAAACUCUGUUUAUGUAAGAGCAGCAUUCGUAGAGCUAAUUAGUUUACAGCUUACAUCUUUGAUUCUUAUUAUUUUAUUAUUUUAAAUAAAUUUUUGAAAAAUUGAUUAAACGUUUAGUUUUGUGCGAAAGUGCAAGGAAACGGGGUCUAGUAGCUGUGAUACCUAAUUCCAAAAUUUUCAUUUCAAGUCAGUGUAGAGUACUCUUGCUAUUUUUACAACUUUUCUCUAAUACUGACACACGAAAUGAUUGGAAUAAGAAAAGAGAAAUAUUUGUUUUUCAAUAUGUAGUAACAAAGUGUUCAGUCUGGAAACUCGUAAAGUUUAAAACAAACCAAACAAAAAAUGGCAACUAUCUUUGGGGUUGCGCAGGUAGAAUUUCUAGUUAUUUAAGAAAGUCAAUACAGAGACCUAAGUUUAAUGUUCUUAAAUUAGUUUUCUAAAUACGCUUAUACCAUUUCAAAAGUGGAAAUUUUAUUUUAGCUGUGUUUGAUUUUGCAUGAGGUAAGGUUUUUACCAGUUAUGAUUUAAUCAGGGAAUUAAAUCGUGACUUUUAAAAUGAUGGUUCCUACAAGCUAACCUCAUCCUCGUGCCCCUAAAGUGUGACCAUUCAACUGACAGGUACCGAGCACUACUUCCGAAUGGUAUUGUUCACCACGCUGUAUCAGGUGGUUCUUACUUUUGAACCGGUGGACUUGGUCACACCACUAGGUGUGACCAUUUAAAUGAAAAUUCUUCAGUACUUCUCUCGCCUGGUAUCAUUUUUUUUAAUGGGAGCUCCUGGGCAGUCCCUUUUUAUUUUUAGGACCAUCGGAUAUUGACUGCUUAAUGUUUUGCGUGACGUAUUUGUAGUAACGCCAGUAGUGUAGGAAUAAAGAGCUUAUUUGCGUUACAUUUUUGUCUCUUACUUCAUUGCUGUUCAGUUUGCUACAACCUUUGUUAUUGCAGUGAGAUUUUAAGGGCAAGUUACAUUCUUAAGUUCAAACCAAAUUUGUCAGAGAAGUGUUAUCUCAAAAUGUAUUAGUCUUUAAAUGCAGAAAAAAAAAUCCAUUGUCUACGUUUUAUUUUAUUUUUACUUAAUUGUAAAUAAUUGUGAUGAAUUUUUUAGAUCCUAAUCCACAACAGGAAUUAGUGUGAACUGCAUGCAAAUUAAAAUGAUCUCAGUUAAUAAAAGACGGAAGUUUGCGUUAA